ACGGAGUGAGAGGACUCAAGGCUCUCGGUGUAAGAGACCUCACUUAUCGACUGGCGUUUCUAGCAUGUGCUGUACAACAGACACAGCCCGGGGUGAGUAUAAUUAUGUACCUCCAUUUAUUCCUCCAGCCUAAUCAUGUAUAACCAAACCCCACAGUUCUUAAUUCUAGCUGUUUUCUUGAGUGUCUAUAGACGAAGCAGGACCACGCCUCCUGUACACGUUGCGUUAGACAAUGGGUUUAGUGGCCGUGACCUGACAGGGGAGGAUCAAACAGCAGAGAGUAUUCGUAAGCAGAUGACCGAUGCCGAGUGGUCACGUAUCUACGAGAUGAGUCAGGAUAAAAAUCUUUACCAGAACCUCAUCAACUCACUUUUUUUCAUCAGAUCUAAAUUGAAUUUGAUACGAUGUAUUUCACCUACGUAUCUUCAUCCCCAGUCAGCCGCCAUUACUGAUCUUCAUUGUACGUUCUCCCCUUCAGGCAACGAUGAGGUGAAGCGAGGUGUUCUACUGAUGCUGUUCGGUGGUGUUCCUAAGACAACUAUGGAGGGGACUCAUCUCCGUGGGGACAUCAACGUGUGCAUCGUGGGGGACCCGUCCUGUGGCAAGAGCCAGUUCCUCAAGAGAGUGGAGGAGUUCAGUCCUCGUGCAGUGUACACUAGUGGCAAGGCCUCGACAGCAGCUGGACUCACAGCUGCCGUGGUCAAGGAUGAGGAGAGUCACGAGUUUGUUAUAGAGGCUGGCGCUCUCAUGCUCGCUGACAAUGGAGUUUGUUGUAUUGACGAGUUUGACAAGAUGGACCUCAAAGACCAAGUAGCCAUUCAUGAAGCCAUGGAGCAACAGACCAUCUCAAUCACCAAGGCUGGUGUCAAGGCAACCCUCAAUGCUCGUACAUCCAUCCUAGCUGCGGCUAAUCCGAUUGGUGGUCGCUAUGACCGGUCAAAAUCACUCAAGAUGAACAUUCAGCUCACUGCCCCCAUUAUGUCGCGCUUUGACCUCUUCUUCAUCAUAGUGGACGAGUGUAACGAGGUGACUGACUAUGCCAUCGCUAGGCGUAUUGUGGACCUCCACAGUCACAAGACAGAGGCAGUGGAGCGUGUCUAUUCCCUCGUGAGUGGUGCGGAG